AUGAUUACUUCAGAUUUGCCAGUACUACAGGAUUCUACAAAUGAAACUACUGCACAUUCAGAUGCUGGCAGUGAGCUUGAAGAAGCAGAAGUCAAAGGAAAAAGAAAAAGGGGCCGUCCUGGCAGGCCUCCAUCUGCCACUAAGAAACCUCGGAAGUCUCCAGCAGACAAGGGUCGUUCUGAAUCUGGAGCUAGAGGAGCAAGUCGUGGAAGAGCUAAUGGCCACCCUCAGCAGAAUGGAGAAGGGGACCCUGUCACUUUGUUUGAGGUGGUUAAGCAAAACAGCAGCCGCACAAGGUCUGUGGUGGACGACUGGAUUGAAUCAUAUAAACAAGACAGGGACAUAGCACUUCUGGAUUUAAUCAACUUCUUUAUCCAGUGUUCAGGAUGUCGAGGUACUGUAAGAAUUGAAAUGUUCAGGAACAUGCAAAAUGCAGAAAUCAUAAGGAAAAUGACAGAAGAAUUUGAUGAGGACAGCGGUGAUUAUCCACUUACCAUGCCUGGGCCACAGUGGAAGAAGUUUCGAUCCAACUUCUGUGAGUUCAUUGGAGUGCUCAUUCGACAGUGUCAGUACAGCAUCAUUUAUGAUGAAUACAUGAUGGACACGGUGAUCUCUCUUCUGACUGGUUUGUCAGACUCCCAGGUCCGGGCUUUCAGGCACACCAGUACAUUAGCUGCUAUGAAGCUUAUGACUGCUCUUGUGAAUGUUGCCUUAAACCUGAGCAUUCAUCAGGAUAAUACACAGAGGCAGUACGAAGCUGAGAGAAACAAAAUGAUUGGCAAAAGAGCUAAUGAAAGAUUGGAGCUGCUGCUUCAGAAAAGAAAAGAGCUGCAAGAAAACCAAGAUGAAAUCGAGAAUAUGAUGAACUCUAUUUUUAAGGGUAUAUUUGUUCAUAGAUACCGUGAUGCUAUUGCUGAAAUUAGAGCUGUCUGUAUUGAAGAAAUUGGUGUCUGGAUGAAAAUGUACAGUGAUGCCUUCCUGAAUGAUAGUUAUUUAAAAUAUGUUGGUUGGACACUACACGACAGGCAAGGUGAAGUGAGGUUGAAGUGUUUGAAAGCUCUUCAGAGUCUGUAUACCAACAGAGAGUUAUUUCCCAAACUGGAGCUGUUCACUAAUAGAUUCAAGGAUCGCAUUGUAUCAAUGACACUUGAUAAGGAAUACGAUGUUGCUGUAGAAGCCAUUCGAUUAGUCACGCUAAUACUUCAUGGAAGUGAAGAAGCUCUGUCGAAUGAAGACUGUGAGAAUGUUUAUCACUUGGUGUAUUCAGCACACCGCCCUGUUGCAGUAGCAGCUGGAGAAUUCCUUCACAAAAAACUGUUCAGCAGACAUGAUCCCCAAGCUGAAGAGGCUCUAGCAAAGAGGAGGGGGCGAAAUAGUCCAAAUGGAAACCUUAUUAGAAUGUUGGUUCUUUUCUUUCUUGAAAGUGAGUUGCAUGAACAUGCAGCCUAUUUGGUGGACAGUUUGUGGGAGAGCUCUCAAGAACUGCUGAAAGACUGGGAAUGUAUGACAGAAUUGCUCUUGGAAGAACCAGUCCAAGGAGAAGAAGCAAUGUCUGACCGGCAGGAGAGUGCUCUUAUUGAGCUGAUGGUGUGUACAAUCAGACAAGCUGCCGAAGCACACCCUCCUGUAGGCAGAGGCACUGGCAAGAGAGUCUUGACAGCAAAAGAAAGAAAAACUCAGAUCGAUGACAGAAAUAAAUUGACUGAGCAUUUCAUUAUUGCACUUCCUAUGUUGCUAUCAAAGUAUUCCGCUGAUGCUGAGAAGGUAGCAAAUCUCCUGCAGAUCCCUCAGUAUUUUGAUCUGGAAAUCUAUAGCACGGGCAGAAUGGAAAAGCAUCUGGAUGCCUUACUGAAACAGAUUAAGUUUGUUGUGGAAAAGCAUGUGGAAUCAGAUGUUCUCGAAGCCUGCAGCAAAACCUACAGCAUACUCUGUAGUGAAGAAUAUACAAUCCAGAAUAGAGUUGACAUAGCCCACAGCCAACUUAUCGAUGAAUUUGUGGAUCGAUUCAACCAUUCUGUAGAGGAUCUGCUGCAGGAGGGAGAAGAAGCUGAUGAUGAUGAUAUAUACAAUGUGCUCUCCACGUUAAAGAGGUUAACCUCUUUUCACAAUGCGCACGAUCUCACAAAAUGGGAUUUGUUCAGUAACUGCUACAGAUUGCUAAGAACUGGAAUUGAACACGGAGCUAUGCCAGAACAGAUAGUUGUUCAGGCACUGCAGUGUUCCCAUUACUCUAUUCUCUGGCAGCUGGUGAAAAUCACUGAAGGCUCCCCUUCCAAAGAGGACUUGUUGGUAUUGAGGAAAACUGUGAAAUCCUUUCUAGCUGUCUGCCAGCAGUGUCUAUCAAAUGUCAACACUCCAGUCAAAGAACAGGCUUUCAUGCUGCUCUGUGAUCUCUUGAUGAUUUUUAGUCAUCAGCUGAUGACUGGAGGUCGAGAAGGUCUUCAGCCCUUGGUGUUUAAUCCAGAUUCAGGUCUCCAGUCAGAACUUCUCAGUUUUGUGAUGGACCAUGUCUUUAUUGACCAAGAUGAUGAAAAUCAGAGCAUGGAGGGAGACGAAGAAGAUGAAGCUAACAAAAUAGAAGCUUUACAUAAGAGAAGAAACCUUCUGGCUGCCUUUAGCAAGCUGAUAAUUUAUGACAUUGUGGACAUGCAUGCAGCAGCAGAUAUCUUCAAGCACUAUAUGAAGUACUACAAUGACUAUGGAGAUAUCAUUAAGGAAACCCUGAGCAAAACAAGGCAAAUUGAUAAAAUCCAGUGUGCGAAGACACUCAUUCUCAGUUUGCAGCAGCUGUUUAACGAGCUUGUUCAGGAGCAAGGUCCCAAUUUGGACCGGACGUCUGCCCAUGUCAGUGGGAUUAAGGAACUGGCCCGUCGGUUUGCCCUCACUUUUGGCUUGGAUCAGAUCAAGACAAGAGAGGCUGUGGCCACACUACACAAAGAUGGCAUAGAGUUUGCCUUCAAGUAUCAGAAUCAAAAAGGACAAGACUAUCCACCUCCUAACCUUGCUUUCCUUGAAGUGCUUAGUGAAUUUUCUUCUAAACUCUUGCGACAGGACAAAAAGACUGUUCACACCUACUUAGAGAAGUUUCUGACAGAACAGAUGAUGGAAAGAAGAGAAGACGUGUGGCUUCCACUCAUUUCCUAUAGAAACUCUCUAGUUACGGGUGGUGAAGACGACAGAAUGUCCGUCAACAGUGGUAGCAGCAGCAGCAAAGCAUCUUCAGUGAGGAAUAAGAAAGGACGACCACCGCUCCACAAGAAGAGAGUAGAAG